GAGUAAACGCAUAUAUUUAUAGUUUUAUACGUACCGCUUUAAAAUAACUUCGGAAAAAAGCUUGAUAACGCAAACCUUUAAAAUGAAGUGGUUAUGUGUUUGUUUCUAUAUAUAAAUACAUGGGUAUUUGAACGAUACAUUAACGAACUUUUCAGUUGUUUUCCAACUGCGGCUCGAUACAAUGUAUCUGUGAUUUCGAAAUAUUCGCUCGACGAUGUUUAAUUUUUUCCGAAAAUCGAAAAAAGACGAAGGAGGCAGCAGAAAGGGUAAGGAUAAAGAAGCUGACGCGACGCCGGUUCAAAAGAAAAUCAAAGAUAGGGAAAACUCGGAGCGAUCGUCGCCGACGGACGUAAAAAAGAAUAUGUGUAAAAAUAAUCAACCUUCAACACCUGAACUUGCGCCCGAAAGUGACUCAGUAUCACUGCCAAAAAAUGUCGUGAAUGCAUCGAAAACUAUCAGUAGUGAGGUGGAGACAUUUUACGAAAAAAACGAACGCGAAAAUAUGUGCGACACUUACGUAAACGGCCUGAAAGUGGCGGAUAACAAGUCCAGCGAACGACGCAGUUCGUCUGGUGGAGGAGUGAAGCCGUGCGGUCAUGGUACCACCGCGAUAUUACCCAAGGUGCCGCUUUCCGGCGUUUCUCAGAAGCUGGCCACUCCGCCAGAAAGUCCGGUAAUGGAAAUCAAAAAAACAUUCAAGUAUACCGUUAACGGAAUACAAGAAGAACCCAAUCAGUUGGAGAAAGUGGAAGAAAGUGGGAGUCCGGAGGUGGUUCCGAAUCUUGACAGGUCGCUGAGCAAAAAAAUCGAAGACAAAGAGAAAAACCUAAUUAACCAAGAGGCGAAAUUUCAAAGUCAACUGAAUGACCUCUCGAAGCAACUUUCCGUUCGCGAUGCUGAAGCAAACAAACUUCGCUUCGAGAUGGAAGAACUGCAAAGAGACGUGUUUGCAAAAUCUGCUGGAAUGGAUAGGCUUCAAUCCGAACUCAAUGCUGCCAACAAAGAGUCUGACGCAAUUAGACAAAAAAUCCGCCAUUUAGAGAACGAACUUGAGACCUACAGGAUACGAAACAACGAAUUGGCCGACGAUCUCAAAAACAAAACCGAAAUUUACAAUAACUAUGAAUACGAGACCAAAUCCAAGAUCAGCGAGCUGGAAGGGGUAAUCAGCAACCUCAGAGUAAGGAUACAAAACCUGGAAGAUCAAAUAAAGCAGCUGCAAGAAGAAAAGGAAGAUCUGGAAAGGAGACACGCCGAACUGCAAUCGGAACGCCAAGAAGAACAAAAGAAACUAUCCGAAACGGUAGACGGUGCCGUGAAACAAAAAGAGGAAAUUGAAAAAAAAUGGAAGGAAGAUUUCGAGAAACUUAGAACGAUUAACAUUUUGAAGGAGCAAGAGCUUUUGGACGAUUUCGAAUGGAAAUUAAGAGAAGUGCAGUUGACGUGCAAAAAAAAGUUGGACGACAAGGAUAAGGCGAUAGAGGAAAGAUUGCAAGAAGCUUAUAAAGAAGCUCAAAGAAAGAUGACCGAGGCCGAAGACAUGUUGACUCAAGUAGAAUCGCUAAAAUCGUACGAACUGGAAGUCCAAAAACUUCGCGGUCGAACCUUCGAACAAGAAAAAAACUUGAAAGAAAUGCGCGAGCAGCAGCAGCAAAUGAUGCAAGCCGAGGCGAAUCUCAAAAACGAGACCAAAAGACUGUUAAAUUUAAUAGAAAUAGAGAAAGAAAAUUUACAACACAUCCAGAGGAUCCACCGACAGGAGCUACUAGACAAGGAGAGGAAACUGAAGGAAACUUUAAAUCAGAAGAGGACCGAGAUCGCUAUGUAUUGGGAAGAGCGAUUGUUGCACGAGUGUGGCAGACUCAAAGACGAGCUUGAGCAAAUACACAACGAAGAAAAAUAUAAGGCGAUGGAGUCGGUUAGAAAACAGAAAGACGAAGAGUUUCAGAAGAAACAGAACGAAUGGGAGAAGAAAUUGAGGCAGUGUCUGAAGGAAAUUGAGUCGCUUAAAAAAUCUCUGGACGAGAAAGACGAAUACUACCACGAAGAAUUGAUCCGGGUGAGAUCAAACACGGACCGAGAUAUAAUGGAACUGCGAAGGUUGAUGGACAAAAUAGAUAUGGCUCACCACAAUAAUUAUGAAAAGCUGGUAGAGCAACACGACUCGGAGUUGGAAAAAUUAAAUUUGGAACACGAAGAUCAAAUCAGGGAAAUCGAGACGAUGUGGCAAAAUAAAAUGUCUUCACUUUCGUCGACGCUGGACGCGGUCAAAGAACAGAUGGAGAAGGAAUCAGAACAAAAAAUCGAGUCCCUCAUACAGCAACAUCGAAACGAGUUAGACUCGCAGUGGGGUAAUUUGAUCCACCAGAAGUCCGAAGCGAUCAAAUUGGUCGAAAACGAAUACGUAUCGAAAUACAACACGCUGGAGGAGCAAUUUUACACGCAACAAAAGUCGCACACGGCCAGAGAAAUAGAGUUGUUAAAGACAAUCGAUUCUUUAAAAAACGAACUGCAGAGUAAGGAGUCGACAUUGGACGAUCUUCAGAACAAUGUCGACACGCUGGAAGGGGGCGUGCAAGUGCUAAACAACGAAAUCGCCCAACAAGCGGAAACCAUGACCAAAAUGAAAAACGAGACUGAUCAAAAGAUAAGAAGCCUUCAGCAAACUAUUGGUCAGUUGCUCGAAGAGAGGGACAAAGAGAGGGAGAGCUUCAGAUUGAAACUAAUGAGCACUCAAAGACAAUCCCAGGAGAGUAUAGAUCAUCUUCAGAGAAAGUGUCAAUGUUUAACCAAAUUGUUCGAGGAGGUUCGGCAGAGAUACGAGAGGCGAGAAUCUCGACAAGAAGACCUCAACAUCAUAUCUGAUCUCAAGCAAGUCAUAGCGGAACAAGAGAAAGAUUUGGCUUGCCUCAAUGAAGAGAAGCGAUACUUUCAGAUGAGAUUGAUGCAACUAGAGCGACAUCUAGAGGCGCAAUCAUCCCUCGACGAAGAAGACUUCGAAGACGCUCAGAUGUUGAAAAGUGAAGCUCCUUCCUCAAGCCAAAACCCGCCUAUUUUCAUACCUCCCACGAUACCGGAGGAUUGUGAUGAAUGAUUUUUUUUUACUUUUCUUUUUAUUGCAUACGCGUUAUAUUUGUUACCAUUUCUAUUAAUUGUUUGUAUACUGUACCAUAUAAUAGAACGUAAAAAAAAUAUUUAUUUAUUUCUUUCACAUUUUCCAGAAAGUCUUUUGCAACAUUUUUUUAUGUUUUCUACAUCAACGAGAAAAAUUUGUGACUAGCUAUAUCCCCCCUAAACUAAAGAAAAGCAUGAAAAUGAAAAAGGAGGACAAAAAUCAUGAUAAUACAAAUUUACACUAACACUGAAACUAGAUUCUAAAAUUAUUGUGAAGCUGUGAUUCAAAACAUUUAAAAUUAAUUCCUGGUGUGCGUUCAUUGUCUUUCUUCUGUUAAUUUUAACCAAU